UAGGAUGCACGAAACCCUCUAAGGGAUUUCCCUUUAUUUGAUAUCCUUGUUGAUUGCCUUGAAAGAGAAAAACACAGUAUAAACAGGCUAGAAACACAGCGCCAGUCAUGUCAGAGACAUACGAUUUCCUGUUUAAGUUUCUUGUAAUCGGAAAUGCAGGAACUGGAAAAUCUUGUCUGCUUCAUCAGUUUAUAGAAAAAAGAUUCAAAGAUGACUCGAAUCACACUAUCGGGGUUGAAUUUGGCUCGAAGAUAAUCAGUGUGGUCAAUAAGUUUGUCAAGCUCCAGAUCUGGGAUACAGCAGGACAGGAGCGUUUCAGGUCUGUAACACGCAGCUACUACAGAGGGGCAGCAGGGGCUCUUCUCAUGUAUGACAUCACUAGUCGAGAAACCUACAACGCUCUGACCAACUGGCUGACAGAUGCCAGGAUGCUGGCCAGCCAGAACAUCGUGAUCAUACUGUGUGGAAAUAAGAAAGAUCUGGAUGCUGACCGUGAAGUCACCUUUCUGGAGGCCUCACGCUUCGCUCAAGAGAAUGAGCUCAUGUUUUUGGAGACCAGUGCUCUAACAGGGGAGAACGUGGAGGAAGCUUUUGUCCAGUGUGCUCGGAAAAUCCUAAACAAAAUAGAAUCAGGCGAGCUGGACCCGGAGCGGAUGGGUUCAGGAAUCCAGUACGGAGAUGCAGCGUUGCGGCAGCUGCGUUCUCCCAGACGGGCUCAAGCAGAGAGCGUGCAGGAGUGUGGCUGUUAACACAGAUCCCAGACAGCUGACCAACCAGGCAGGUUUUGUGAACACGAGGAGGAGGACAUUAGUGGGGAGUUUGACGUAUGGCUCAUCGUGGAGUGACUGUUUCCCUCACCUUACAUUUACUUCUGUUCUGACAUGCCGAGGGACCCCCUGUGCUCCAGAAGGCUCCAGAAAAAUGUUUACUGUCCCCCUCGGGCCCAAGCCAAGACAUCUGUGGUACCCAAAACCCUGAGUGUAGCUAAAAGACCCGGCCCUUGCCCCUGAGAAUACUGCACUGAGCUCUUUUCCCGUCUUUCCCUCUUCCAUAUGUAGAUGUUGUGUAGAGAAGAGUUUCUAUUAUCACCGUGGAGCAUGUUUCAUGGUUGCAGUACUACGACAUAUUCAUAAAUGACUAUAUACAGCAUACUGUAUAUAUAUAUAUAUAUAUAUAUAGCUUAGGCAUACUGCAUCGCUGCUCUAUGGCACACGCCUGUAAAUCUUAUCAAUGGAGUUUAUCGUACAUUAUCUUGCUAGCACGUUGUUUGCUUUUUUAAUCAUUUUUUUUCCAUAUCUGUUGUAUUUUUUGGUUGGUAUGUUUUAGGAAAGGAUGCUAGAGUAUUUCAUAAAAGUGGUUUUUGACAUUUAUGUCAAGAAGGCUUUGUUUUUGUAUUAUAAUUUACAUUCAAAAUGAAAAAUUUAAGGGCCAGCGCACACUUACCGUCAUAUCGCACUGUAGUACAUUGUCAGUAUGAACAGCUUCAAAAUCAGUGUUACAUGCUCUAUAUUUAUUGUAAAGCAUUUUUGUGCUGCGGUCCCAUUUUUAGGUGUCUGUUGGAAUGACACUGAUGUGUUUGAACUGAUUUCUUUGUUUUCGAAAAUAGAUUGCUUUUUUUGUAAAAUGUAUUUUUUUAUUUUUCUCUACUUGUCCCGUUCUUCUUAUACAUUUUAAAUGGAUUUAUCUCAUAUAAGCUUGCACCGAAAUUUAAUGAUAAAUCAUUGUGGGCCUUGCUUCAAAAUGCUCGUCAUUAUGUCUUUAUAUCAAGCUUUUAUGUUUGUAAAAAUGGGACAGAUUACCAAUAGUCAUGCUUAACAAUGCACUAAAUGGUAGUUGGUUAUUCAUUUUUCAUUAAUCU